AUAAAUAUUUUCAUUUUUUAACGAUAGAUAGAAUGGUGGAUAUCUUGGAGACCUUAAAGCAGGUAUGGUCGUGGAUUUUUGUGAAGAAAAAUGGACGUGAUCAAUCGGUGGUUCAGCAAAACAUCGGGCAAGAAACUGAACAACUCUGCUUCAAGACCUUUCUAAAGCAACCUAUGAUAGAGGAGGUAAUCUUUACUAAUUGUCAGCCCCUCUGGCGGAUCAGUGUUUGGAACAAGCGUAUUUUCAUUAGCGGAGACGAAAAAUCCAUCAAAAGCAUCGACCAGACAACCCAUGGUUACAAAGACGAACUAGAAACACUCUCCGGAAACUCUCCCGACGAUUUUUCGAUAACAGAUUUGGGAGAAAUUAUUUAUGCAGACUGGCAAGAAAGACGGAUAUUCCAUUUACAGAAUGAUCAGGUGGACACCAUGAUAAAUUUGGGCGGUUGGAAACCUUGGGCAUUGUGUUGUUCUGACACCGGCGAUAUUUUGGUCGCAAUGCGUUCUGAUGACGCUAGGCGCGCUCGAGUUGUCGGAUACCAGGGGUUUACAAAAACAAGAGAAUAUUGCCUUGAUAGUAAAGGUAGGCGUCUGUACGGGUCACCAAUCUUUAUAGCUGAAAACAAGAAUGGAGAUGUAUGCGUGUCUGAUGCCCAUUAUAAUCGCGUCACUGUAGUUGACCUAAAGGGAAUUUUCAAGUUUUAUUACAGUGGGCAGCAAAUGUUGAGGAAAUAUCCUACAUUCUAUCCUAAGGGCAUUACCACGGAUAGUCAGUGUCAUAUCCUGGUGGCAGACCAGCAAAAUAACUGUAUACACAUCGUAGAUCGUAUUGGUCAGUUGGUCAGCUUUAUAACAGACAUAUCUCUAGACGAACCAUACUGCCUGUGUGUUGGAAAAGCCGAUGAACUCUUUGUUGGAGAGUAUCAUAAAGGUCAUAUUAAGAAACUUCGAUACAUGCAGUGAACCUUCAAAAAUCUGAGAUUGUCUUUCAUCUCAUACACGGCUGACUUUGAAAUUAAAAAAAAAUUAACUAU